UUGCUCAAGGACACAAGCGAAAUGCACAGCAAGGGAUUGAAACCCCGACCUCAAGGUUGGGAAACCAAACCUUUCAUGCUGCGCCAAACUGCUUCUACAAAUAUCUCAAUAUGAUUUCACCAACAGUGUGUCUCAUUUAGUGGACUCACAUUGUCAAUAUUAACAUCCAUGGAUCAAGAAUUCAAUGCCAUUGGAAAUAAAAUGCCGCAUGAUAAUGGAAAUAAAAUGGAUAUGGAAGAGAACUCUGAAGUUAAAGUUGAAAUACGGGAGUGUGAUGAUUAUGACAGCUUUGAACAACAAACAGAAGACGAAGAGACUUUGAGAAAUAUUCCAACAGACGAUAUGAAUGAAUGCAGUCAGACUAAAGAUCAAUGUGAUGACGAGAGUGUAGAUUCAGAGCAAAAUAUGGUACCACAUCAAGGAGAGAUGAAAUAUAAAUGCGAACACUGUGGAGUGAAGUUCGAGUUGAGUGCUUUGAAAAAACAUAUGGGAUUACAUAUAGAAGCCCAACAAUUUCAAUGCGAACAGUGCGGAAUGAUAUUCAAUCACAGAAAUGAUUUGACAGCACAUUUGGCAAAACAUAAACAAGAGGCGGGCUAUGAAUGCGAAGAUUGUGGACGGAAAUUCAAAGACAUAUUUCAGUUGGAAGCUCAUUUGAGAACUCAUGCAGGAGAUGCGCCAUUUGAUUGUGAACCUUAUGUAAAUAGAUUAAUUCAAAGUAGUAAUGUAAAAACCUAUAGGAAGAUUCUUCCAAAAGGGCCGCCUCCUCCUGAAUGCCAACCUUAUGGGAAGAUAGAAAAAGUACAAUUUCAGUGCGAACAAUGCGGAAAGGUGUUGAAUCAAAGGAGUGAUUUAAAGAGGCAUAUGAGGAUUCACACAGGCGAGACACCGUACGAAUGUAAACUGUGCGGAAAGAAAUUCAACGUUAAUAGUAAUUUAAAGGUACACAUGCGUAUACAUACCGGAGAAACAUCGUGCGAAUGUGAACAUUGUGGAAAGAAGUUUAACCAAAAAAGCAAUUUGAAGGUGCAUUUGAGAACUCACACUGGAGAAACGCCAUAUGGUUGCGAAUAUUGUGGAAAGAAGUUUAAUAAAAGUGGCAGUUUGGAAGCGCACGUGAGGCUUCACACGGGAGAUACACCGUACGAAUGUGAAGAUUGCGGGAAGAAAUUUAACCGAAGUGGUAGUUUGAAAGCACAUAUGAAGAUACACACAGGUGAGAAACCGUUCGAAUGCGAAGAUUGUGGAAAGAAAUUCAACCAUAGCUGCCACUUAAAAACACAUUUGCGGAUACACACGGGAGAAACACCCUUUCAAUGUGAACAUUGCGGAAAGAAGUUUAUUCAUAACAGCGGUUUAAAAACACAUUUGAGGAUCCACACGGGAGAAAAACCAAAUGAACGUUAUGGCAAGGCAGAGAAGGUACAAUUGCAAUGUGAAUAUUGUGGAAAGGAAUUUAAUAACAGUAGCGACCUGAGAAGACACUUAAGGAUACAUACUGGAGAGACGCCGUACGAAUGUGAACAUUGUGGAAAGAAAUUCAAUGUUAAUAGUAAUUUAAAAGUUCAUAUGAGAAUUCAUACGGGAGAGACGCCAUAUCAGUGCGAGUACUGCGGACAGAAGUUCAACGUUAAAAGCAGUUUGAAAGUACAUUUGAUGAAACACACUGGACUUAAAGAAACAGUAGAUCAAAAACUAGAUGGUAAACAGGACGGUGAGCAAGACACUGAAAAAGAUGGUGCACAAGAUUGUGAACAAGAUAUUACAAAUCCAUCGUAAUUAAUAUUUUGUGUGAAGUUAAAAAACAAAUGAAUAUUUAUUUUAGUUAAUUUUUUUUUUUUAAGAAUGUUUAAAAUAUUUAUUUGUUGCAGUCCACUUAGAUGCUUUUUAAGUGGGUAUGAGUUAAAAUAUCAGCUAAUUUGUUGUUACGAUAAUAUUUAUAACAAAUUCCUUAACAAAGUUUGUUCAGAGGCAGCUAAUUCAACUCUCAAUUUGCUCUAAUCCAAAUGUAUUCAAGCCAUAGGGCAGGUGCUAUAAAUGUAGAAUUGUAGAAAUUGUUUCUUUUCAAAUUCAUGUGAGAACAUUGGUUUAAAAGUGUAUGUUGCCUGGUUUGAAACCUGCCUACGCCUGCCUUCGCUUAUGUCCUUGGUUAAGAUCAGGCCUGUAUCCCAAGGGGGACAGGGGGUGUGAUGGGUUCAUAUCCAAUUUACUUUCCCUACCCCAAUCCAAAAUUGUUUAUUUUCUGUAUUAAUGAUAUUAAAAUGGAAUAAUAAAUCAUUAGGCCAGUGUUUGGGCAUAGAAAUUGCUGUAAAACAUUAAACAAAAGUUUAAGCUACAAUCCAACAAGCUCUACCCCCAGUUUGUCCAUCUUUGCACAUCCCCACACACCCCAGUGGCAAUUCUGGAUGCAGCCCUGAGUUAAAUACUACCUUGUCCUUCAGAUGGGAUGGUAAGCAGUUGGUUCUAUUUAUAUAAUAGCUCUGUACAUGAAAAAAAUACUCUUUUGGAAAGACUUCAGAUUGUCUCCAAGUGUGCUGACAAAAUUACCAUGUCUAUGUAUAUUUGUAUGUGAUGUUUGUGAUAGUGAAAGAGAUUUCAGCUAAUAUUUGCUAUAUUAUAUUAAAAUAGUAAUAUAGUAUUUGCUAUAUAAUAUGUAAGCUUUUGCCCAUGUGGCAAAAUUUUAUAAAUCAAAUACUUAUAGAAAUGUUUAAUCAUGUUUAAAGAUAUACAGAGGAGAGGCAAUAUUGUAAAGAUAUUUAAGGUAAAAUAAACUCAGAAUUUAAUGUUUUGAAAAAAAUGUAACUAUAGUUACACCUUACAAACACAUCUGAAUUAUUUUUUAACAUUUUUAAAAUAAAACGUUUUAAUAGUUACAGUUUACAUACACACCCGAAUUAUUUUUUAACAUUUUUAAAAUAAAACAUUUUUAAAUGCCAAGAUGUGUUCACAGAGGACCCCACAAGGAGACUGGUUUUUUUACAGCAUGAAUUGGGCCAUCCUGGUACUCAUUAUAAAUAAAUAUAUGAAGUACCUCAACUGUAUACGACAGUAAACAAAAAUUAAUAGACAGAGUUUUUGUACCAUACUGUAUAUUUAAUGUAUGCACAAUACUGGUGGUUAUGGUGCUUGACCUUCAGUACCAGAAUUUGGGGUUCAAGUCAUGGAAAUUCAAAGAUAGCUACUUCUUCUAGUUCACUUCUCUAAUGCCUUCUACAUUAUCCAUUUCAGCAGAAAACUUAGAGUGGCGCUUGUUACAAAUUAUUAUUUGCUAAAAUAGUACCAUCAUGAGCAUCAUCAAUAUAGAGUCUAUUAUUAUUCCAUGCAAGCAUGGGUUACACUGUACAGGGAAGUGUAAAAUAUUUAUUUUUAAUAUUUUUUUUAAUUUUUUUAUUUUUAUUUAUUUAUUUAUUUUUUUUAUUUUUACAUCUCCCUGGACUGUACUUGUAAUAGCAGCUCUCCAUUCUGCACGAUUCUGUGCAAGCUAUUUACCAUGUAUUUACUUAAUUAUUAGUACUGAUACAUCAAUUAUUUAAAACCAUUUCCAUCAUACAAAACAUCAUAGUAUGGUACUAUAUGUACUCUCACAUUGUUUAUUCAAAAUAGAAUGUCAUGUAGGGGGCUAUCUCUAAUACCACAACUUAUUUAAGAGUGACGGUUUUUAGGGGAAAAAAAGAAGACAUUCGGUGUUGUGAGUGCGAGAGGAGCUACUUAUACGAUCAUAAUGUACCGCACUUUACGUUAUAGUGAAGCUUAGGUUUUUAGAAAUUAAAAAAAAAUGUUAUUCUUGGACUCGGACCGAGGUUCUAGUCGGUCCCUUGGUUUGGACCUCGUCGGACAUGUCAGGCCCCUUGUCGCCAAAUUUCUAAAGCCACCGCUGGCCCCUCCAUGACCAUGGGGUUUGAAGGCAAGCAUCAUAACCACUAAAGCCUGUUUCCACUAGGCAAAAUUAUUCACGCGAAUCAAAUGCGUCGGUUCGGUUCCUGAGCUCUGAUUGGUUACGCACAAAGUAGAAACAGUUCAAACUAAAAAUCUAAUAGAAAUGUGAAUGCGCAUACGCAUGAAUGACGCUUUCGUUUUGCGCUAAUAAAUUCAUCUAGUGGAAAACCGGACUUAAAACCACUACAUUUAUAUGUUUCUAGAAUAUCACAUAUAUUAAAGUUGAGUCCAAUAAGUUGCUUGUUUUUUGGAUGAAUGAGAAUGAAAAAAAAUAUAAUUUGUUUGCUUGAUCAAAUAAAAUUAAUGACAACACUUAGUCAGUAACUAUGUUCAUAAAAUAUAUUAAUAUUAUUGCAUGCAGACUGUAUUUCUGGAUAUUCAAUUGCCGUUGUUGUGGUAGAAUAAAAGCGAAUGUUGUAUAGGUUUAACCAGUAUUUUUUAACAAUGUUUGAAGGUAGAUGGAGGACAGCACUCUAUAAUAUUCUACCCUUUUAUUCAAGUUGAGCGCCCUCUAUCCUGUGAUUGAAAUUUCAGCCUGUAGAGAGACACCCUCAUUUAGACCUACCAAAACGACCGGUAAUAUUAUUGUACAUCUGUGAAAGUUGGUCUAAAAGUGUUGGUUAUUUGAAUAUAAAUGUGAAAUGCACAUUAUAUAUUAACAUAGCCUAUUGAUAGCAUGGUAAUUUUAAAAUGAAAUUUGUGUCUGCAUAAUAAGCUCUUGAUAUUAAUCAACUAUAAUAAUACUUAAUUUAUAUAAUGUGUGUGCUUUUUGGGAUAAAGCGCUAUAAAAAUGCUGCAUUUAUUGCUCCAUUUGUAUAGCGCUUAAUGCCAGCAGUGCCUCUAAGCGCUUCACAUCGUUGUACCUCAUUGAAUGAUAUUAAAAUUCGGUUGAUUAACAGAUAAGUAGAA